AUGGCCGACUAUGGAGGCCAAGAAAGUAAUGUUCAUCCAUCUCAACAUCUUCCACUAGUCUUAGUUCUUGAGCCACCACCAGUCUUCAAAUUUCAUGGGGAUCAACUUUCAGAAAAGUUCCAAUUCUUGAAAGCAUGGGAAUCGCCUCUCCCUCUAGACCAAUUCUUGACCAUCCAUGCACAUUCAGUCCAAGCCCUUCUCUCGCCUGGCACACACCCAGUCACGUCUGACACAAUCCGGUUGCUGCCAUCUCUGGGGCUGAUUGUCACCACAAGUGUUGGUCUCAACCACAUUGAUCUGCCAGAGUGCCAAAGGCGUGGAAUUUCUAUAGCCAAUGCUGGAAACUUGUAUUCUGAAGAUGUCGCUGAUCUGGCUGUUGGCCUACUGAUUGACGUGCUAAGGAAAAUCUCUGCAGCUGAUCGGUAUAUAAGACGGCAGCUUUGGCCCAGAAAAGGAGAAUUUCCUCUUGGAUUCAAGUUAACAGGCAAACGAGUUGGAAUUGUUGGAUUGGGAAGCAUUGGCUUAGAAGUAGCAAAAAGGCUUGAUGCAUUUGGAUGCAAUAUCUUGUACAACUCCAGAAGGAAGAAGCCAUCCAUACAAUAUCCAUACUAUUCAAAUAUCUGUGAACUUGCAUCAAACUCUGAUGUUCUUAUAAUUUGUUGUGAAUUAACUGACAAAACCCAUCACAUGAUUAACAAGGAAGUUCUGCAAGCACUGGGGAAGGAAGGAGUCAUUGUUAACGUUGGACGUGGCGCUAUUAUAGAUGAACAGGAAAUGGUGGGGUGUUUGAUGCGGGGAGAGAUUGGAGGUGCUGGCUUGGAUGUGUAUGAGAAGGAGCCUGAUGUUCCAAAAGAACUCUGCGCGUUGGAUAAUGUUGUGCUGUCGCCACAUAGAGCUGUUCAUUCACAGGAAACUAUAAUGGCUUUGCGUGACCUUCUGGUGGGGAAUUUUGAAGCUUUCUUCUCAAAUAAACCCUUACUAACCCCAGUAACAAUGAAUGAGUGAUGAUCUCAAUUCUCAUGUAUGCUGGGUGUGGAGUGUUUGAUCAUUGAUGCAAUGAAGCCAUCAAUAGAAUUAUGAAUAAGAAAAGGGUUAUUGACUUUCUGGAUUUCUUGUUGAAUUAUUUGUUGUCUGACAUGUAUGAAAAUGAAGGUUACUUAUGUCAAUAGUUAA